GAGAGGACUGGUGCGAUUCUUUGGAUAAGGACGACGGCUCUGUUCCUAGGAAGUGGAAAUCUCAAAUCCAAACCAAGACUCGCAUCAGAUAAAUCCGGUAACCCCAGCUGCUUUCCUUCCAAACAAUCAGACGAAGAGGAACCUUGUGUUGGGGUGAAAAUCGCUCCAAACAAAGCUGUUGGCAGCAGCAGUCCCGAUGAGGAACGUCAUCACAACCAGAAGUUGAAUCGUGGAUGCAGAUUCAGCAAUAAGAGCCUUACUGGAGUAAAUGGAAGAGUUUCAGGCCGACGGCCGCCACUGCAUCCAAAACCACAAGUGCCUCCGAAGCCACCGCAUCUUCAGACUCCGGUGACGGACGUCUCCUUUCCUCUGGCUGCUGGAUCAUUAACUGUCAAGCCCAGCAUGCAGGAGGGAGGAUUAGACGGAGCCAUAGGGAAGGGCAGGGUGUCCAACCUCAUCAGUCGCUUUGAGGAGAACCGUCACACAGACGGUCGGAGGGAGGGAACUCCACCGAAGCAGGUCAGCAGAUCUCCAAACUGCAGCCCGCCUCGCAAAAACUACCAGAGACCGAGGGAGCAGACUUCAGACUCCAGCCCGCACCAUGCUUUGAAACCCCCCAAUGGGGUGCUAGCCAAAAUGAACAGAGACAGGGACAAGGAAAGGGACAUGGAAGGAGUAACACAUGCCCCUGUUCCGAUCGCGAGGAUUAACAAACAGGGACUGCUGAAUGGAGAUAGCGUUGAUUUAACUAAUAGGGAAAUUACGGAAGAGGAAUGUGUGGAUUCGCCUGAUGUUCACUUAAACCAGGCCAAAGAAGAAGAAGAACAGGAGAAGAGGAAGGUAUCGGAGCAGAGCGACAUUGUGAGGAUGAACAGCAUCCCAGAGCAGAAGGAAACCAACGAGCAGAAACUCUACAAAAUUGCAAAUGAACUUCUGCAGACAGAGAAGGCCUACGUUGCACGACUGAACUUAUUAGAUAAGGUGUUUUACACCAAGCUCAUGGAAGAGGCAAGAAAAGACACGUUCCCUGUGGAUGUGGUGAAAAGCAUAUUUUCCAACAUCACCUCCAUUAAUGCCUUCCACAGCCAGUUCCUUCUGCCUGACCUGGAAAAACGGAUGGGAGAAUGGACGUCGACACCUCGCAUUGGAGACAUCCUACAGAAGCUCACGCCCUUCUUGAAGAUGUAUGCAGAGUAUGUGAGGAACUUUGAUCAUGCCAUGGAUCUGCUGAAGCAGUGGAUAGAUCGCUCGCCUCCAUUUAAAGCUAUCAUUCUGGAUAUACAGAGUCAGGAAGUGUGUGGCAAUCUGACGCUGCAGCACCACAUGUUGGAGCCGGUUCAGAGAGUGCCACGAUACGAGAUGCUGCUUAAAGACUAUCUGAAGAAACUCCCUCCAGAGCACAUGGACCGGCGGGACGCUGAAAAGUCAUUAGAGAUUAUUGGCAUGGCCGCCACUCAUUCCAACACUGCCAUUCGGAAAACAGAAAACCUGAAGAAGCUGCUGGAGAUUUAUGAGAUGCUGGGAGAAGAGGAGGACAUUGUAAACCCCUCGAAUGAGUUAAUAAAGGAGGGUCACAUUCUGAAACUGGCAGCCAGAAACACUUCAGCCAUGGACAGAUAUCUCUUCCUGUUCAACAACAUGCUGCUGUACUGCGUUCCCAAGUUCAGCCUUGUGGGACAGAAGUUCACUGUGCGCACACGUAUCGGCAUUGAAGGCAUGAAUGUGAAAGAGACCUUCAAUGAGGACUAUCCUCACACCUUUCAGGUUUCUGGAAAAGAACGAACACUGGAGCUGCAGGCCAGCUCUAAACUUGAUAAAGAAAGCUGGAUAAAGGCAUUCACUGAAACAAUAGACAUCUCCCUCCAGAAGAAUGAGACCUUUAAAUCAGCAAUUAAGGAUACCGAGGAAGCUUCGGAUCUUAAUAUAUCAGAGCUGGGUAAAAGAGCCCCUCGCUGGAUCCGAGACAAUGAAGUGACCAUGUGCAUGAAGUGCAAAGAAGGGUUUAACGCCAUCACACGCAGGCGGCAUCACUGUCGGGCCUGUGGAUACGUGGUUUGCUGGAAGUGCUCCGACUACAAAGCUACUCUGGAAUAUGAUGGAAACAAGAUUAGCAAGGUGUGCAAACACUGUUACUUCAUCCUGACAGGCCGUACAGACAGUGAUGACAGAGAAGGCAAGAAGAAGGGAAUCCUGGAGAUUGAAGCGGCUCAGUUCUGCGGCAGCAGCAUCAUGUGUGGCUUCCUGCAGUACUGUGAAAGGAACAAGCCGUGGCAGAAAGUCUGGUGUGUCAUUCCUGAGAAAGAAGCUCUAGUUCUCUACUUGUACGGAGCACCUCAGGAUGUCAAGGCCCAGUCCACCAUUCCACUGCUAGGCUACCAUGUGGAGGACAAUCCGAAAGCCACUGACCCUCCUGCCAGCUUCAGACUCUCACAGUCCAAAUCCAUCCACAGCUUCGCCGCAGAGAGCGAGGAACUGAAACAGCGCUGGCUCAAAGUCAUCCGUAUGGCGGUGACAGGAGAAGUUCCAGAGUCGCCUGAAGAAAACAGUUCUGCGGAAAUCACAGAAGAGUUAAACUCAAACGGCAACUGAACAAAGACGACAAACUCUCAUUGGAGAUUUAUCUACUGGUGGUGCUGUCUAUGUAAAGUGUUGCUCUGCUGCUGCCCUCUGCUGGUCAGCCUGAGAUUUGGUCCAGGUCUCCUAAAAAGCUCCAUUUGGAUUAUUUUGAACACUUCCAAGAUGCCAGCUUGACCAGAUUUGAAGUUCACAAAGGAUUACAUAGAGGAAAUAGCAUCAUGCUUCAGCUGAUAGCACACUGAUUUAAAGCCUAAUGUAAAUAGUGUACAAUUCAGAACAUUUAGAUGUUGUGUAUAUAGUGUGUGGAGGCUGAUAUAGGAUUUGUUUAUUCUGGAUGUGAGUGUUUUUUAAUAACUUAAAUGGCUUAAAAUUGCAGAACACUCAUUAAGGACAUCAUUAUUUUGACAAUGUGUUGUCAUUUUAUAGGGUUGCAGCGGUUUGAUGGUUCGUCAUGGUGUGGUGUAAACAGUUUUAUUAUAUUAUCUUAAAACAAGUUGCACUGAAGCUCACAGUGCAAUGCAAAUAUUCAGGCAAGAACAUGUGAGAUGGAAAGCUUCAUCUUUUAAAAUGCUAAUAUUUAUGCAAGGUCACUUGUAGUAUCAGUGCUUUUUAUUUCAUGAGCGAAAAUAAAAUGCUCGUCGUAUAUCUAGUUUAAAAUAGAGUUUUAGUUAUAUUUUGCAAGGCAUAACUGUAACAACAACCCAGUGAAUAGAGUGAGAAGACAAGUUAAAAAGUGCAAAAACAGUUUGAAGGUACAAAGCUGCUCAUUACAUGUGCAAUUAAUUAUGGGCUGUGUGCAUUUAUGUGUGUGUGCUGUUCUGGAUGAUUACUUUUUUGUCAUUGAGUUGUAUGCAAACCCA